CUUCAUCAAAGACUAUCCAGAAGAGACGACGUCGUCGGCUGGGAGCACGCGGAAGCAGAGACUGUUAUCACCCCGAAUGAAUGGUCAGAAUCCCGCACUUUUCGCGAGGCCAGCUCGAGACUCACUCGGCAGCAUUAUUUGGCCAACAGUAUCACGUCCGCCAACUGAAAGGCCACCAUACCAGCUAUGGGCUCAAAGAAAUCGAUACCGAGUCGGUCAUCUGGGGUCGACGAUUCAAAGGGACCGUCAGGGUCGUUGGUUGAUGAUCCAGUCUACUCCCAGCAAUCGACAUCUGAAACCAAUCACAAACCUCCGAGCCAUGAGAAGCCUCUAGGGAAAGACGAUCCCGUCUAUUCUCAAGCAGCAGCUGUAGGCGAUGAUUCGGAAGGGCAGAGCGAGAUCAAUGAUCCAGUCUACGCACAGCCAGCGAUGGCCAAGGCACAACCAGGGCAGAAUAUGACCAUUGGCGAGGGAGAAGGCAAGCCCGACGCUGGGGGUGAUCCUGUGUAUUCUCAAUCUACAAGCCAGAAGUCUCUGAACACAUCUCAAAUCAACGAUCCAGUCUACGCACAGCCAGCAAGCUCCGAAGCACAGCCAGGGCAGGAAGUCGCUCAAUCGGAAGGCAAAGGAUCAAUCGACGCAGCGAGUGACCCCGUCUAUUCUCAACCUCAACCAUCUGCCUCAAACACCCCAACAGACUCACAAAUCAACGACCCCGUCUACGGACAGCAAAACAGCGCCAAAUCUCAGCCACACCGGCAUGUCGCGACGGGGCCAGGCAAAGGAUUUGUUGACGCCGCCAACGACCCUGUCUACUCGCAGUCGUCCUCCCGUCAGCCCUCUGUCUCUCAGAUUAACGAUCCAGUCUAUGCCCAACCUCAAACACCCCCGUCCAUCCCCAGCAGGCCAUCCCCGGGCCCCGGUCAAGGCAACAUCCCACCGUCCGAUGACUCCGUCUACUCCCAAUCGCGCACAGCGAGUUCCCGCCUCUCUCAAUUGUCCUCCCAGCUUUCAAUGAGCCAAUCCGAAGCCGAACCGGGCACGGUACACACCAAACGUCCCCGCGCACGCGCACGCUCGUCGAAAUCCAGCAAAACCUCCCACGACGCCUCCGCCGACCUCCCGUCCGACUACUCCGACAUCCUUUCUCAAAUCUCGACCCUCCAACACAUGGCGCAGACGCCCGACCCAAACAACAGAGGCUACAUACGUCAAAAGUCCUCUGGCAAACUGUGGUCGCGCGAACGCAUCUCCGCGCUUCUCGACCCGCACACCUUCCGCGAACUCGGCUCCAUCACAGGCACGGCGACCUGGCAACGCGACGCUCUCCACCCGCAGCGCGAACACAUCACAUCCUUCACGCCAUCCAACAACCCGCAAGGUUUCGGCCGCGUGACAUGUCCACGCACAGCAAAAACGCGGCAGAUCUACCUAACGUCCGACGACUUCUCGAUCCGGUCCGGCCACGCCGACGGCUCCGUGGCCCUCAAGACACUUUACGGCGAAAAACUCGCGCUCCGCCUGAAAGUGCCCGUGGUCAAACUCGUCGACGGCAGCUCCGGCGGCGGCAGCGUCUCGACCAUCAUGACGCAGGGCUACAGCUACAUCCCGCACCUGAACGUUCUGUCAGUUGUCGUCCAGCAACUGAACAUGGGCAUCCCGAACUUGGGUGCCGUGCUGGGCCCCGCCAUUGGCUUGGGCGCCGCGCGCGUCGUGUCCACCCACUUCUCCGUCAUGGCCGCGAACAUCGGCAGCCUGUUCAACGCCGGACCAAAAGUCGUCGAGGGCGCCACCUUCGAAGAAGGCUUGUCGUUCGCCGACCUUGGAGGUCCCAACGUGCACUGCACAAACGGGACCAUCGACAACAUGGCCCGCGACGAGCAGGACUGUUUCGACCAGAUCCGCACCGUGCUCGGCUAUCUGCCCGAUUGUGGCAUGUUUCAGGCUCCCCCCUGCAUCGAGUGUGUGCAUGAUGAUGUCAACCGCGAGGAUAUAGGCUUGCGAAGCGUCAUUCCCAGGCGGAAAAACAGGAUGUACAAUCCGUACACGAUCAUCGAGAGCGUUGCCGACAACGGGUCGUGGUUUGAGAUUGGGAGGAUGUGGGGACGCACGAGUAUAACAGGUCUGGCACGAAUGGGUGGGAGACCCGUGGGAAUACUUAGCUUGAAUUGCGAGGUCAAUUCGGGCGCGCUGGAUGCGUUGGGAAGCCAGAAGUUGAUGAAGAUGAUCAAGUUUUGUGAUGUGUUCAAUUUGCCCAUUGUGCAGUUUGUGGACGUUCCUGGAUACGCCAUCGGCACUGUCGCCGAACGUUCUGCCACGAUGAAGUGGGGUGUCGAACUCGGCAAGGCUUAUUAUUCAACCACCACCCCUAUCUUCUCCGUCAUCACCCGCCGUGUCUACGGAGUCGCCGGAGGUAUCAUGCUCGACUCGCGCGAGCCGUGGAUGAGAAUUGCCUGGCCAAGCGGGAAUUGGGGGAGUCUGCCUCUCGACGGAGGCAUUGAGGUCGGUCAUCGUCACGAAUUAAAGCAGAUCGGCGAAAAGCAUGGUUCUGAGGCUGUCAAAAAGCGAUAUAAGGAGCUUGAGGACGAAUAUAUCCGACUCAUGAACCCGGUGAGGUCUGCUCAACCGUUCAAUGUCGAGGAGAUUGUGGACCCCAAGGAUACCAGAAAGAUUGUGUGUCGCUGGGUGAGGGAGAUGUAUGGCGUCGUAAUGCAGGAGAGGCUGGCGGAUCGUGCGGCAGGAAGGAUUCAUGCUGUCUUCACCUAAUCGAGGGUGACGGGCUUCUCACUCGUUGCCGUUCUCGGCCUGCAGCUUCUCGAAUCCGGUCUUAGCCUUCUUCGUUUCUUCCAUCUUGCCGAUGCCCUGGAGUGUCAGAUAUACGUCCGUGCCCCAACCGUACAUACUUUGAACAGCAAUUGCUCCA